AAUGACAUAACAUAUCAUGUCUGUUUAUUGUCAAUGUUUGUGUUGUUGAAACGCUCAUUGAAAAUUAUAUUGUUUCUCUAAGUUUACGGUAAAGAAAUCAUAGUUUUGGACAAUAGUAUUAACCAAUCAUUAUAAUUAUUAAUUUGUUCGCUUUUGUUCGGUUUUGUUCAUGUGAAAACGACAAUGUCAUUUUUUAAGAAUGUAGCCUCUGGCUUCAACAUUCGUAGUCGUGAUACUAUUAUCAAAGAAUCCUUAAUAAAUAAUUUGUCUGAAUGCGUUAAAGACAUACAAUACAACAAUCAGUUCGAAGAAAAUUUCCACAGCGUGCUGGGUUCCACGGACUCAACUAAUACACUUUGCUCGGCAUUGGAGGCUGUUUUCUUGCAUGGUUUGAAAGAUACAUUUUUCCGAAAGGCCAAAAACGCAUUGUCUGGUGAUUCAGAUCAACGUCCACAACCGAAUUUUUGGCCUCUAAUAUUAGUGCUGUCACAUAGACAAAAUAUUGAUCAGAUAUCUUCAUUACCCCAGAUUAACACAGAAAUAGGUCAGUGUCGAGCUUGGCUUCGUAUUGCUCUCAAUGAAUGUCUUCUUUCGUCUUACUUAUCCACAUUAUUAAAAAACAUAUCUGCUGUAAAGCCAUUCUACACCAGGGCAGCUUUUGUAUCAGAUACUGAGAUAUUAGAAGUAGCACAAAAGCUUAUUGAAGGUUUGGAGUCAUGUGUCCAGUUCAAUUUACCCAUAAAUUCCAGUCUGCUUAAUCAAUGGCCAGAGCAGGUACUGGUGCUGGCUGGUAUAUGGGUGCCAAAGAUCAGAUUUGCACCAAUAAGUGCAGCCCUAGAUGUGGCUAGUACAAUUACUGAUGAAGAGACCAAACCUAAACUGGUGACUACUCCAACACAUACUUCCAACAUUACAGGCCUAGGUCGUAUGCUUGCACUUAAUGAAGAUGAGGCAUUAGAUUUUAUAUUAUCAAAAGAUUUAAAAGACAUUACUAGUAGACCCACUGAACCUAAAAUAUUGGAGGAAAAAAGAGAUUAUACAAAAGAGGAAACAACAUCACAGGCUGGAGUGGACAAGUCUGUUCCUGAGGAAGCUGGGGCACCAUCCACGAGCCAAGCUCAAAAACCAGAUGUCUCAUUAUCAUCAUCAUUAAAUUCUGAAGACUUUGUUGCACCAACUGAUGUUAUUGUAACUGGUAACUCUUUGUCUGGCAAAGGAUGGUCAGACACUCAUGAUGACUUAAAUGCAUCAAUGCAUUCCAAUUCAUCACAUGGCAGCAGUAUGAUAAAAACACCAGAAUUAAAGAGUUUGUCUUCAUUAGUUGAUAACUCAAAUCCAUUCAGUGAAACAAGUACUACAACUCCAAAUUUAAGAGAUAUCAUAAAAGAUAUACAAAAAGAACUGAAAUUGACAGAUGACACUGAAAUAUGUGAAAUACCAGAAGAAACAGUUAGUCCAGAUGAUCCAUUAUUACAAGGAUUAGACUUUGAAGUAGUGCCUAAUUCUAUGUCUGGGUCUUUCUCUGUACCAGAAUUACAAAAAAUGAUACAACAGCUAGGUUCUUUAUCUAGAGAACAGGGUCUUGACAACCAAAAUUAUCAAUGCAAAGGGUGCCAAGAUUUAUUAGGAAGCACAAUAUCGAAAGCAAAGGUAUGCGCCUAUACUGGAGAAUAUUACUGUACCAAUUGUAUGGACCCCAAUGUUUUUAUAAUUCCUGCCCGUGUAAUACAUAAUUGGGACUUCAAAAGAUAUGCAGUUUCCAAGAAAUCAGCAUUGUUUUUGUUAGAGUUUCAGCAUCAUCCUUGGAUUGAUAUGAAGAAACUGAAUCCAAAGAUUUAUUGUGGUGUUUCCGAUAUGGCCCAAUUGCAAGAAUUGAGAAUACAGUUAAAUUUUUUAAGAGCAUACAUAUUCACUUGUAGAGAGCCUAUUAUAGAAGAGUUGCAAAAGAGAGUGUGGCCAAGAGAAUAUUUAUAUGACCAUGUGCACCUUUACACAAUCUCUGAUCUAGCACAAAUACCAAAUGGUUCCUUAGCACUGCAGUUAGAGAAGGUUGUUAAUUUUGCCAAAACUCAUGUGUUAGAUUGUUGGCUAUGUAGUCAAAAGGGUUUCAUAUGUGAAGUAUGUCGGGAUCCAAAGAUAUUAUAUCCUUUUGAAACAACUACAACAUACCGUUGUAAUGAUUGCUCGAGUGUGUUCCACAGUAAAUGUUUAAAUGCAAACAUGCCCUGCCCUAAAUGUAAAAGGAGACAGAAUCGUACAAAUGAAAUAUCAUUAGUUGAUGCGGUACAUGCUCACUUUAAUAAGUAGAAUCUAACUCGACUUUGUACAAGGGUAUGCAUUUUAUUUUUUAAAAUUGUUUAUAUUUUUUGCCUAAGUAAUGUGUAUAUUACUCAUGUUAUAAUUUACUUGUAGAAAUAAUUUGCCUGAAUAAUACAAAAUAUAAAAUUAUAUUCCGUAUACCAAAUCUAUAUUUUUAUAAAAUUAGUUAUAUUAUUAGUAACUGUAUUAAGCAUUAAUUCUAAUACUUUAAUGCAAUUUUAGUUUGUAUAAUAUAUAAAUGAAUAUGAUUAUGAAUUUGACUUUAGGUAAGUACUUAUCUUAAACAAAUACUUGAAAUUAAUGUGAUAUAAUUUAGAUGGAUUCUCUUGUGGCUACAUAUUGGUAGGAAGUUAAGACUAUAUGUUCACUCCUUUGUUGAAUACAUAGAUAUUUAAGUAGGUAAUGUACUCAUAUCAGCGUACUAGAUAAUAUUGUUUCUUUAAAUCUAUUUGUUUGCUACAAAUGUAAAUAAUAUUCCAAUAUUAACUUGCAUUGAUAUUGCUUCAGAUUUUAUUAUUUUAAAAUAUGGUUAUGAUCGCUAUUGGUCAUAAAGGUUGAAAAAAAAAAAAUGUUUUAUUGUCCUUGUUAUUCAGUUACAUAUCUAGUACUACCUUAUUUCUGAUUGCCAACAUACCAUAAGUUUGUAUUGAUGAUAAUAAGGAAUGUUUCACAAUUGCCAAUAAGAGCUGGCAGUAAUAGAACUUUUAAAGGCAUACAUACACCUGUCUCCCAUUAAUGUAGGCAAAAACAUUGGAACGCCAAAUUCUUUGUAUCAAUCUUCUCAAACACGCUCAUCGGUUAUGGGUGCUUAGCAUUUCCUUAUAAAUUAAUAAAUUAUAAAAAAUACUUAUUUUUUGUUAAAUAAUACUAGAUUAGAAUUAUUUAAAUAAAAAAUAGCUUAAAUUUUUUAUUGUUAGUAUAAUUCCAGAUGCACUGCAAUAAAAAAGAUUCAGCAAUCAAAGUUUCUAUUCCACUUCUGUUAUCUACCUGUAUUUUAUAUCUGAUGUAGUACAGGCUUUUAGGUGUGAUGCCAA